CUGUCACAACAAACAAACAUUGAACUACUUUCCGCUACUGCUUUGAAAGGUUCUCUGGGAAUUAUUCACUGUAGUUUUCUACUGCAAUAAACGAUGGCUAGCCGUGAAGCUGUUCGUCGGGCUGUACAGAAUGUGCGCCCGAUUUUAUCUGCCGACCGAGAAGAAGCCCGCAAGCGUGUCCUGAAUUUGUAUAAAGCGUGGUACCGUCAGAUUCCGUACAUUGUGAUGGAUUACGACAUACCUAAGUCAGUGGAACAGUGCCGAGAAAAGUUGCGGGAAGAAUUUCUUAAGCAACAGAAUGUUACCGAUAUUCGGGUGAUCGAUAUGCUAGUGAUCAAGGGUCAAAUGGAGCUCAAAGAGUCGGUUGCGAUCUGGAAACAGAAAGGUCACAUCAUGCGCUACUGGCAGGAAUCAUGUGAGCCAAAACCUACCGAUUUUCUGUCGAAGUUCUUAUCGGGACACAAUUGAAUUAUGGCCGGUAUCGUAUAUUGUCUGACAUUGUGAUUGUUUCAGUAGUUGAAUAAAAAGUUAUCCUUCAUAACGAUGCGUAAUAACAAUGAGUCAAA